GAGAGACAAAACAAAAGCUGCACAUUUCAACCAACAGGCGCUGGUCGCUUCUUUUCUUUUUUAUGUAAAACAAAAACCAAAUCGACUCCGUUUCCAAUCUGACUUCUGCUCUACGGCGACAUUUACACCAGUUCUGCACCAUGCCCAGUAGCACGUCUUUGCUGGAGGCCGACGAGGGGGAGUCCGAGGUCCCACCGCCGCUAGGACACGCUUUCGCCGGCAUGGGCCUCGACGAGCACCACGGUUCCCAGAGCCAGACCCCGGACCACGGGGACGAACCCCUCUCCUUCCACCACCACCACCACCACCAGCUGCCCCACUUCAGCCUCCUCGGCACGGUGCUGGACCUGAAGCCGCUGCCUCUGCACCGGCCGCCCUCGGGAGACACCCUGAAGACGGCGGCGCAUGAGGACGAGGAGCCGGAGGUGGUCGACUCCUCCUCGGGCUCGUUGCUAGCUCAGGCCCACCGCCACCAGCACCUCCCGUCCUCGGGCCCGGCUGGCUCCAUGGUGCCGGGCCGGAUGGAGCACGUCGACCCGGUGCUGCUGUACAACGGAGCCGAGCACGAUGACACGACGCUCGGCGGCAGCAUGGAGAAGCUGCCGCCCGGCUUGUACGGCGGGGAGCCGGGCUACGAGUCCGAAGCCUCGCUGCUGGCCCGGAGGAAGAGUGUCAACACGACCGAGUGCGUGGCCGUGCCGAGCUCCGAGCACGUCGCGGAGAUCGUGGGCCGGCAGGGCUGUAAGAUCAAGGCGCUCCGAGCCAAGACCAACACCUACAUCAAGACGCCGGUGCGAGGGGACCAGCCCGUGUUUGUCGUGACCGGGCGGAAAGAAGACGUGGCCAUGGCCAAGCGGGAGAUCCUGUCUGCGGCCGAGCACUUCUCCCUCAUCCGCGCCUCCAGGAACAAGACGGGACCCCCCUCCGUGGCGACCGGCCCCGGGGUGCCCACCCUUCCCGGACAGACGACCAUUCAGGUGCGGGUGCCCUACCGUGUAGUCGGGCUGGUUGUGGGUCCCAAAGGGGCCACCAUCAAACGCAUUCAGCAACAGACCCACACCUACAUCGUGACACCGAGUCGAGACAAGGAGCCGGUGUUCGAGGUCACCGGGAUGCCGGAGAACGUGGACCGGGCGAGGGAGGAGAUAGAGGCGCACAUUGCCCUCCGCACUGGGACCGGUGCGGUGGGGAUCGAGGCUCCAGGUGCCGACAACAACGACUUUCAAUACAACGGGACCGACGUCAGCUUUGAGCAUUCCGCUGCAGCAGCCGGGUUGGGAAAGGCCGGUUGGCUUAAUGCAGGUGCAUCAGCAGCGGGGGGUGGUGCUGGCGGCGGCGGCAGCACCUUGGUGUCGGUGAGCGUCAACGGUACUCAGCAAAUCAAUAGCAAUAUCAACAGUGGCGUCAGGAUGUCUUCCAACUACCGCAACGACAGCUCCAGCUCGCUGGGCAGCGGCUCCAGCUCGGCCGAUUCCUUCUAUGGGAACGGCAACAGGAUGGCAGAUUUCAGCCCCACCUGUCAGUUCAAUGCCAACGCUAACAACAACAACAACAGUAGUGCUGGCAGCACGGCCCUAUGGUUCGGCGAGAGCCUUGUCCCUGUGGGGUCUGAGGAGCUGGUCGGCCUGGGAGGUGGCGGCAGCUCCUCGGGAUUCGACGCAUUAACCAUCUCCACUGUCCCAGCGUCCCACCCGGCCGCCCAGCCUCCCGUCUGGAGCUCCUUCGUGGACCACCAGCCCCUGCAGGCCUUCGACCUCCUUCAGUCGCAGACCAGUCAGCCUGGGACGCCCCGGCUCUCCCCGACCUUCUCUGGGUCAGAAGCCUUGGAGCACCCUCAGGCCCAGCGGGUCCACCGAGGGCCCGUGGGCGUGGCCGGUACCUUGGACGCCCAGACGUUCCCCUCUUACAGCUCGGCCUUCUCCUCCUCCAGUGAAAGCACCGCCUCCUCUUCCUCCCCUCCUGACUCCUCCCUCUUCUAUCGGCCAGGGCUGGGACCGGCGGCGGGGAGGGGGCCGGAGAUAUGUAUUCACUGUAUGGAUAACCAGGUGGUCGCUGCCUUGGUUCCCUGUGGCCAUAACCUCUUCUGUCUAGAUUGUGCCAGCCAGAUAUGCCAGGGUCCAGAAGCCGUGUGCCCCGUGUGCCUGUCCCCGGUCACACAGGCCAUUCAGCUCCGCAACAUCUGAUUUUUUUUUUUUUUUAUCAAUUCACCUGGACGGCUGAGGAGGAAUCAGACCUCCCCCCAACACUACCAACUCAUUUGUGUGGGGAAAUUACAAAACUGACCCGAUUCAGCUUCUAGGUUUGUCCUCGCCAAGCUGGUGUUGACGGGUGAGGCAGAGUAGGUGGAAUAAGAAAUGAUCUGUAUUUAGGGCAUGGGUUUGGCUCGUGAGUCCGUUCAUGUGCCUGUUUUUGUGAAGUCUUCUUCCUUGAUUGAUCGAUCAAUGCGUUGGUCGGAAGCCCUCUUAGCAUCGUGUAGCAUCGGGUGGGGUGGGAUAAGUAUAUGAAUAUUAUUUUUCUCAUCGUGAUUUUUGAUUUAAAUGUCCUCCUCCCUAAAACAUCACUUUUUGCCUACCUACAUUUUAUAUAUUUUUUUAAUGUUCUUUGAACCCUUUUAAAUCUCUAUCUUGAACUCCAUUAUGUUGGCUCUUUGAGUUAAAUUUAUUUGUCUACAUCUCAAAAGAUUAUUUUUUAAACUUUUGCUGCUACAUUUGUUUUCAUGUGCGGAAACCUGGCCCAGCCCCGUUGCCUCUAAAUUCAGUUUGCUCCUGGUAAAGAAACGAGGCAAGCAUGUUAACAUACAGUGAGUCCCACAUAUAAAUUCAUAGUAUUCUAUCUAUUCUAUUCUCUUUUUACCGCAGCAUUUGAAUGCCGACCACAGUAAACUGGACAUGUUCACAUUCUCCGUUAUUCUACACGUGGUCCUCUCUGGCACCGAUAUUUGUUAUCUUUAUUAUUAUCAGGCUGGUAAAUUGUAUUUGUUUUACCUUAAAUCCGACAUGAUGUUUACAUGCUACAGAUCAUAAAUCAGAAGAUUUGAUUACCAACAUAUUGAUUCGUGUGAGAACACGGAGCGUUUUUAAACCAAGCAGGUUAAAGCCACACCUGUGUUGUGUUCACUCCCCUGUGGCUGUUUCUCGUUGCCACUUUUUCUCUCUCUCUCCCAGAUUGGAACCAACAAGAGGGCAACUCCUCUUUUUAUUGUAAAGUACCAGGAUGUUCCUCCACCUCACCACCGCCACGUUGCUUUCUAUUUCUACUAAACUGUUUACGGUAAACUUGUGCCUGAAUCUGUCCUAAGUAAACAAAAAGAAAACGACUGGUCGAGCGGACACUCAGCGUCGCUCCGUCUUAAAACAAACUUGUGGCCUUUUUUUGGAAAGCCUGUAAUUAGCUGACGACGUUACCUAUAAAUCUAAUCCAGAUCCUGGCUUGAAAGAACACAAGCCGACAGACUGAAGUCUUAAAGUUCAAUCUCUUAAACACAUCUUCGUGGAACAAAGAUUAUCACCAGGGUGGUUUCUGUUGCUUCCACUUUGUGUUGAGCCUUCCACAUGUAUUGGCCUAAAACAGCUUUUUUCCCUAAACACCAAACACUCCCAUUUUUCCUAUAUUUGUCACCUCAUAGUUUUUUUGGGCUUUUAGUCAUACCUUGAUUUAAUCAUGGUUUGGGAAACUGUGCGGGUUUGUACCUUGUUAGUAACAUUCCUCCUCCUCUGCAUUAGUUACUUUAUUAGAUAGUUACAUAAUUAGUACUUGAUCCUCGCCUGGGAGCCGAACGAGCUGAUAAUGUAUGAAACUCUGAAGAGAUGUGAUGUGGAACAAGUCCCUGUUCUGUACAGACAGGCUGACUAAGCCAUCUCAACAGUGUCCUUUUCUUUCACUUGAAUGUUUCUGCCGGACUGCUCCACCCUGUGGCCACCUCGUCACAGCCAUUUUGUGUCCUUGUUGGUAAGCAGUCGGCAACAAUAAUUCCAUUUGGAUGCACAAUUGAAAUGGCCGACCCCCUAAUCGCAUCACUUUAGUCUGUUUUAUUUUGUUAAAGUUUUUUUUUGCCAUCUACCAGGCCUAUGCAAAAACCGUCUCAGUAUCUUUAACCACCGGAGGAAGCACUGGAUUAAUGAAAGUCCUGAUUUUCUUUACAGAGCUCAAACAACCUUUUCAACCGGUGAUCCCCAAUCAUUUUUUUUUCUACUGCAUUUCAAACGGGGUUAAACUUCCUCGCUUGCUUUACUGCACUGAUGAGACUCUUCAGCGGUACACACUUUGCUCCAUGUUUCAUCAGCUCCUUCCCUGUCGUCUUUGGCCCAACGAAGCUCAGCCUUCUCCACGCUAUCCACUAGUUGGGACUCCACACACAUUGAGAAUUGAGUUGUUUCCCCUAUUAAACAUGUGCGUGUGUCCACUUCUCUUCCUGAAAAGGUACAAAUCGGUGGGAAUCAUCUCAAACUUUAGCUUUAAUCUCCACUGUUCCUCUGGACUUUGUUUUUACAGGAGUUAAUGAGUUGUUGGGACAUUUCACAAAAAGGGGAAGCAGCUGGAAUGAUUUUCAUCUUGAACUCCGCUGACACUACAUCAGAUCAAUAUUGUUGCUUUACCGUGUGGACUCUGGACCCGCGGUCCCUCGAGCAUUCCAGCUGUGAACAGUAUUUGGGAGCCAUUUCAUCGCUUAGCUCUGUUUCGUAAAUAUCCUUCUCUAACACCUAUGAUUGAGGUUUCUUGGGGAAACGGAACCCAACGGGUCCGUGAAGUGCAAAACCCCCAUCAGCUUCUGCGCCCUCGUGUCGUCUUUCCGUCCCUUUUCUUCACUCCUCCGCUCCACGAAGGGUCGAUCUUCUUUGCUCUCUGUCUGAGGGAAUGCAAUAUCCUGUCGACCCCCAGUUUCACAUGAAUCUAUUGACAAUUUUGUGUAUGUAUUAUAUAAUAUUACUGUUAAUGACUGAUAAAUAUACAGAACUUAUUUUUAUUUUGUUACAUUUCAUAUAUAUACAUAAAUAUAUCUAUAUUAAAAUGUUUACAAUAAGAUUUUUUAUUUUUUUUUAUUUCUACUUUUUCUCUGAGUGAUUCAGCGAGUUGGAAACUCAGAAACGUUGCAGGAGAGUGUUAACGCUAUCUGCUUGUAGUCUAGUUCUUAGUAUUGAUGAUAAUAUUGAUAGCUGCAGUUUUAACCUAGAGGAAAAUGGAAUGUGCAUCACGAGCAUGUCUUCAUAAUGUACCGCCAAUGUAAAACGUCACACUGCAACUGUAAAAAGGCCAAGGAUUCAAGCUGCCUGUCACGUCUCUGUACGCCAUCGAAUACUGAACGGUAUACUGUAAACUGUAUCUUAGUUUAUCUAUAUGAAAUGACAUUGUACAGCUGUACCAACAGUUCAAAGUAUUUGCAAAUUUUACUACACUUUUGUUUUGUAUAUGUGGGGGGAGUCUUAUGGCAUAUAAAUUCUUCAAAUUGAGUCAGGAGUUUAAAAGCAGACUAUAUUUUAUAACGGCCUUUUAAGUUAUUGCGGCCAAAGCACUGAUAUAUAUUUGCUGUAAAGAGAAUUUAAGAGUUUUAUUUUUCUGAUAUUAAAGUUACUUA